GUACUCUUUGCUACAUUUUGUACUUGUCUCCCGUGCGUUUGUAUGAAAAUGUGCUAUGCUAAGAAGCUGGAACUUUUAGUGAAAGUGACUGUAGCACUGUCCUUUAAAACCGUGGAUGAAACCUCGGAAAGGACCGAAAUAGAGGUCACUUGGCGCCCCCUUUCGUUAAGUUAUCAAACAACAAGGAAAUGCUAGAUUCUUUCUUAAUACAUUCUUCAUGUACAGAUAGACAUUAAAUAACUCCUCCGCGAAUCUCUUGCGUAAAACCUGUACUCUAUAAGGCAUGACGUAUCAGACACUUUGAGCGGAAGAUCCGGCUGUGUGUGUGAAUACAGGCUGUGAGCGUAACGUUAAACGGUGUCAAAUCCAGUUGGAUGCUAGCCGGCUAGCCAGCUGGAGCAGAGAGCUGCGGAGCGGCGAAGGAGCCAGAUCAGAUCCGUGCUGUAGAGCUGAAAUGAUGGAUCGCUGCUUGUGAACAGUCAGGAUGAGGAGCCGUAGUAAUUCAGGAGUGAGGCUGGAUGGCUAUGCAAGGCUGGUACACGAGACUAUCCUGUGUCAUCAGAGCCCAGUGACAGGACUUCUGCCAGCCAGUACUCAGAAAAAGGAUGCCUGGGUGAGGGACAAUGUGUACAGUGUCCUGGCUGUGUGGGGGCUGGGCAUGGCGUACCGCAAGAAUGCAGACCGAGAUGAAGAUAAGGCCAAGGCUUAUGAACUGGAGCAGAGUGUGGUGAAACUGAUGCAGGGGCUUCUGCAGUGCAUGAUGAGACAGGUGGCCAAGGUGGAGAGGUUCAAACAAACCCAAAGUACAAAGGAUUGCUUGCAUGCGAAAUACGAUACUUCGACCUGUGCCACGGUGGUCGGGGACGAUCAGUGGGGCCAUCUGCAGGUUGAUGCCACCUCAAUUUACCUGCUGAUGCUGGCACAGAUGACUGCCUCAGGUCUUCGUAUCAUCUCAAACCUGGAUGAGGUAGCCUUUAUUCAAAACUUGGUCUUCUAUAUAGAGGCUGCGUACAAGGUGGCGGAUUAUGGGAUGUGGGAGCGAGGUGACAAGACCAACCUGGGUAUCCCCGAGCUCAAUGGCAGCUCUAUAGGAAUGGCUAAGGCUGCUCUGGAGGCUAUAGAUGAGCUGGAUCUUUUUGGUGCCCAUGGAGGGCCCAAGUCAGUCAUCCAUGUUUUGCCUGAUGAAGUGGAGCAUUGUCAGUCCAUCCUGUGCUCCAUGCUGCCAAGAGCUUCAACUUCAAAGGAGAUUGAUGCUGGUCUGUUGUCUGUCAUUUCCUUCCCUGCUUUUGCUGUUGAGAAUGCUGACCUGGUGGCCAUCACUAAGUCAGAAAUCAUAAGCAAACUGCAGGGUCGCUACGGCUGCUGCCGCUUCAUCAGAGACGGAUAUCUCUGUCCUAAAGAGGAUCCAUCUCGUCUGCACUAUGAUCCUGUGGAGCUCAAGCUCUUUGAGAAUAUUGAAUGUGAAUGGCCUGUGUUCUGGACUUAUCUCAUCCUGGAUGGUAUCUUUACUGGAGACCAAGUGCAGGUGGAGGAAUACCGUGAGGCACUGGACGGCAUUUUGAUCAGAGGGAGGAACGGCAUCAAACUCGUGCCUGAACUUUAUUCUGUACCACGUGACAAGGUAGAGGAGGAGUACAGGAAUCCUCACACUGUGGACAGAGUGGCCAUGGGCCAGCUGCCGCACAUGUGGGGGCAGUCACUCUACAUCUUGGGCUGUCUUCUAGCUGAGGGGUUUUUAGCACCAGGAGAGAUAGAUCCACUCAACAGGAGAUUCUCUACAAAUGUCAAGCCAGAUAUUGUGGUACAAGUUUGUGUUCUUGCAGAAUCAGAGGAGAUCAAGGAGUUGUUAAAUGAUCAUGGAUUCAUGGUCCAGACAAUGUCAGAGGUUCUGCCUAUCAGGGUCAUGCCCGCUCGCAUCCUGAGCCACGUUUAUGUUAGACUGGGUAACUGCAAGAAACUGAAUUUAAGUGGGAGGCCCUAUAGACACAUUGGAGUUCUUGGAACAUCCAAAUUCUACGAGAUCAGAAAUCAUUUGUAUACAUUCACCCCUCAGUUUGUGGAUCAGUACCAUUUCUACCUGGCACUGGAUAACCAGAUGAUUGUGGAGAUGUUACGAACAGAGCUGGCCUAUCUCUCCUCUUGCUGGAGGAUGAUAGGACGACCCACACUCACUUUCCCCAUUACCCGCAGCAUGCUGGUUGAAGAUGGAGAUGCAAUUGAUCCAUGUAUCCUAGCAACCCUCAGGAAACUACAGGAUGGCUAUUUUGCUGGAGCGAGGGUGCAGAUGUCAGAUCUCUCCAGUUUCCAGACCACUUCAUUCCACACUCACCUCAGCUUUCUGGAUGAAGAGAAUGAUGACAACUUCUUUGAGGAUGAGGAUGAGGAGGCUAUUGAGGAAAAUGGAGAGGAAUGCAAUAAAUUUGAGCCCUCAGAGGGCUCAGAAGACAUGUUUGACCAGUACCUCACCCAGCUCCUCCAUAGCACUACCACCACAUGUCAUCUUCCUCCCAUCCAGAGGGGGCAGCACCAUGUCUUCAGUGCUGAACACUCUACAAGAGACAUCCUGUCACUUAUGGCUCAGGUUAAGGGCCUGAAUAUGCCAAGGUCUUCCAUGUAUCUGCCUGUGGCUCCUGUCAUGAGCAGACACCGCAGAACUCUGAACCUUCUUGAUGUGAAUCAUCCUCAGCAUGGCCCACAAGCAAAGCAGCACAAGCCCCACAGUGCUGAUGACCUGCACCUGCCUCGAGACUCACGCACGGCGCGGUUAAAGCAGCUGAAAGAGUGCCCCACUCUGCAGGACCAGGCUGACAUCCUCUACAUUCUCUACAUAAUGAAAGGAGCUGAUUGGCUGGUGGAGUUGUCAGGUCCUGGGAAGGGAGGAGUCAGCGUGCGAUCACUGUUGGAGGAGCUAUAUGUUCAAGCUGGAGUCUCCAAAGAGUGGGGACUCAUCAGAUACAUUUCUGGAAUGCUACGCAAGAGAGUGGAGGUCCUCGCUGAAGCCUGCACAGAUCUUAUUUCCCAUCACAAGCAACUGACUGUAGGGCUACCUCCUGAACCCAGGGAACGGUUUCUUUUUAGGCCACUGCCUCCCGAGGAGUUGAACACCCUCAUCUAUGAAGCCAGUGGUCAGGACAUCAGUAUAGCUGUACUCACUCAGGAAAUCAUGGUCUAUCUAGCUAUGUACGUGCGCUCCCAGCCUGCCCUGUUUGGGGAUAUGCUCCGACUCAGGAUAGGACUCAUCAUGCAAGUGAUGGCCACUGAGCUGGCUCGCAGCCUGCACUGUUCUGGUGAGGAGGCAUCUGAGAGUUUGAUGAGCCUGAGCCCAUUCAGCAUGAAGAGCCUUCUGCAUCACAUCCUCAGUGGCAAAGAGUUUGGGGUGGAGAGGAGCAUGCGUCCAAUCCAGUCAAUAGCAACUAGUCCUACCAUCUCCAUCCGUGAACUAGGCCACACUGGAGCCACCAAGAAUGAACGAACAGGAUUACACAAGCUGAAGAGUGACAUAAAACAGCGUUGCAGCAGCCCCUCCACCCCCAGCGGGGUGCUGUCCCCAGUGGGCACUGGCCCAGGAGAUGGACAGCUGCACUGGGAGGAGAGACAAGGCCAGUGGCUGAGGAGACGCAGACUGGAUGGCGCUAUCAACAGAGUACCAAUGGGCUUCUACCAGAAGGUCUAUAAAAUCCUGCAAAAGUGCCACGGCCUGUCUAUUGAUGGAUAUGUUUUGCCUUCUUCCAGCACAAGAGAGAUGACAGCAGGAGAGAUCAAGUUUGCAGUGCAGGUGGAGUCUGUCCUGUACCACGUCCCCCAGCCAGAGUACCGACAGCUGUUAGUGGAGGCUUUGAUGGUUCUAGGCAUGGUAGCUGAUGUAGAAGUGGACAGCAUUGGUGGGAUUAUCCAUGUGGACCGUAUCCUGCAUCUGGCUAAUGACCUCUUCCUCAGCGACCAGAAAUCCCACAGUGCCAGUGAUUAUUUCCUUGAGAGGGAUCCAGCAACCGGAAUCUGCCACUUUUUCUAUGAUAGUGCCCCCAGUGGCAGCUAUGGCACCUUGACUUAUCUGUCCAAGGCGGUCAUCACUUAUGUUCAGGACUUCCUGCCCAGUUCUGGCUGCCUGAUGCAGUGAAAAAGCGGAGUAGUGUGUCUUGCUAGCACCUGAAGAGAUGUGCUUUAUAACUAAAAGAUCAACUGGUCCAAGGCGGCAAAGCCUGUCAUUAUCAGCUCUUAGAGGUCAUGUAAGUAUUUGCUCAAUAAAUAAUACGUUUUAGCUCUAAUAUAUUGAUGUAAGGAAGCUGAUAUUAUAAGAACCUGUUUCUUUGUGAGUCUUGUCUGUAAACCUAUUUAUUAUUUAAAUAUACUGUUCAUAUAUACUGUAUGGUUAUGGGACUGAAAAAAGUAUUUUAUUUAAAGUGAAACUUGAACAGAAAACAAACACAUCUGCGCUCUUGGUAUCAUGUGACAAUAUUAAUUAACAGUUGUCUGCUUUUAAUUGAGCAUGUCAUGUAAUGAUUCUACUGACUCAAGCAGUUAACAGAGCAACAAUUUUAUCAUGACUAUUACUGCUGUUGAUAUUGUUACUGGAUCCACCAUUAUAAUUCUUAUUUUAUACUAUUGCUACUCUGUAAUUUAACAUAUGUGACACCUACUGUAUCAACCAUCAGCAACAAAUUAGUACAGUGUAGACAAUGACAAUAUAGGAAUUAAUGUAUUAGUACUACUGUUUUUAUUUGUUGUUGCCCACUUGACAUUCACCACCAACUGCUAGUAUAUUCUUGUGAUCCGUUAUAUCAUCAUUAUAGUGGUUAUCUUAUUACUGUAUCCAUUAUUAAUAUAAUAUAUAUAUAUGGAUGCCCAGCUAUGAAUGUAUUAGCCACUGCAACAUUAAACUAUAAUAUUA